UAGGAAAUUGUUCCAGCAAUUUCUAUAUUUAAAUAUAAAAAUCUUAAAGGAAAAAUGUGUAGGAGCCCUGGUGUUCCCUGGUUUACCAACACAUAUUCAGCUUUUGAUCAUUUUUUUAAUACCAGUAUGAUUAAAUUGGUGAUAUAUUGGAAACUUAAAGUCAGUUUUUUUAUUUUUAUUUUUUUCAUUCACCCCACAGUAGUUUUGCAAUGCUCUGUCAUUUUGGAGCAUCCCUACGUCUAAUCAUAAAACAGAAACAAAGCAAAUUAGGAACCACCAGGAUUCAAGCCUGUGAUAAACUGGAAGAUGCUGAAAUAGCAUUUUCAUGCUUCACAGGAAAGUUUCAUUUCACUAUGAACUGAGAAACAAGACACAAUAAAAAAACAAACAAACUGAUGCCUUCGAGCUCCAUUGAAAUUCGCAGCUUAACUCAAAGGCGAUCCAAACCCUAUGAAGCAAUUAUUAUAGGGGGUGUAUGCAAAUAUUUGAACCUGGGUGGAGUAGAGAAAAUUCACAAUAAAUUCAACUCUAGAUCCUGUUUCUGCAAAGUAAAUAAUGUUGAUAAAAGUGCCAAACUUACUCAUGCAGAUGGUGAUUAUAUGUAAACCUGUAGUUAGCAUUAUGGAGGUGUAGAGAGGGUGAGGGGUUGGGGGUGGCGCAUACGCGAUUAGCCUGGAGUUGAUCCCCUGGGAGCAGAUGGUGAAUGGUGGCUUACCUACAUGCUCUGAGUCCCAGGAGUUAACAGGAGUCUGCAGUCAUGUUGGAAGAUACAAUGCUAGGCUUUAAAGAAGUCUGAGGACUGUGUCUCAUGAAAGAAGAAAGACUGGGAUCACAUCAGACGUGAUGUUGCUGAGCAGUGCUGCUGUUUGGCUGCUGCUCUGUGUUCAGUGCCUGCAUGGCUCUGCCCUCCCUGCCAUGUCCUCCUAUGAGUUCACCGCCUACAGGAUGCAGCAGUACAACCUGGCGCAGCAGAAACAUGGUUGCCGCGGAGCCAUAGUUGUGGCGGAGGCGCGCUCUGCCGACGAACCGUCGCUGACCCGCCGUUGUGUCAUCAUGAAGGUUCAGGACUUCACUGUGGAGAAAUACUUUGAAGCCCUGAGACAGAAUGCUGCUGCUCUGCUGAUCCUACUGCCUCAAAAUAUCUCCGGCGUUCCAGAUGAGACAAUAAAGUCCUUCAUGGUGAGUGAGAACGAGGCCUUACAGAAAGAAACUCUUACUCCAGUCUACGUUGUACCUGAGGAUGAACAGCUGCUUUACAUGUAUGAGGAGGUGAGGCAGGCUGCAGCUUCACGGACCUCAUCCAUGUUUGUCAGAGUUCUUCGGAGUAUGGUCACUGCUACAGCUUUCCAGAUCUUAGUGAGCAACAACAACGCCAUUAAGGCCAUCACUGACAACACCAUAACCACACUGGAGGGUGUGCUCCCUGGAACCGGAGAGGAUGCUCCCACCAUCGUCAUCACCGCCCACUAUGACUCAUACGGACUCGCUCCGUGGCUGUCGUAUGGGGCAGACUCUAAUGGCAGCGGAGUCACCAUUCUGCUGGAGCUGGCAAGUCUUUUCCAGAAACUAUACGGCACCUCCCGUACCAGACCACAAUAUAAUUUAAUGUUUUCCUUGACCGGAGGAGGAAAAUACAACUUCCUCGGCACGAAGAGAUGGAUUGAGGAGAAUCUUGAUCACGCCGAGUCCAGUCUGCUUCACGACAACGUGGCAUUUGUCUUGUGCUUGGACUCGCUGGCCAAAGGUGACGAACUGUACAUGCACGUGUCUCGCCCCCCGAAGCCCGACACUCCUCUGUACUCCUUCAUUGAGCAGCUGGAGGAGGUGGUUUCCUCCAGAUUCCCCUGGGUGAAGGUGGGAUUGGUGCACAAGAAGAUCAAUCUUGUUGAGUCAACGGUGGCCUGGGAGCACGAGCGCUACAGCCUACGGAGGAUCCAGGGCUUCACUCUGUCUCAUGUGGAAGAUCCCAAGUCUGAACUUCGUGGGUCUAUGCUAGAUACAAUGUCCCAAAUCGAUUUUAGAAAACUUAAACGAAACGGGAUUAUCAUAGCUGAAGCUCUGGCCCGGUACAUGUACAAUCUCUCAGACCAGGGUUCACCAAGGGAUAUUCAAGUUUUUAAGGGUCAGCUGGACUUUCAGGACAGCCGCAUGUCCAGUUUGAUGUCCUUUUUGACCUCUGUGCCCCGAGCUGCCCAGCUGCUGCACAAGGAGCCCGGUCAGAUCCUAAUGGUCAACUCACUGGAGCACGAGUUCAAGCACUACCUGCAGCAGGUCCAUAGACACACCUUUCGACAGGACAAGAGGGACCCUGAGAUCACCUUUUUUGAUCAAAUGAACCAACCAAUUGUCAUGUACAGGGUGAAGCCAGCAGCGUUUGAUCUGUUCCUAGGAGGAUGCAUCACUGCAUAUUUGGGGAUUGUUUACUAUUCAAUCCAGAAUUUCGGGCAUCUGUACGCUGCACUCAAAGCUGCAGUGAAAACCAAGCAUCAGUGACGGUUUCAAGGAUCCAGGCUUUUACGGCUUCCUGAGCUCAUGACAGACGUCUGCUUCACAGAACAUUAAAGCAAUCCAGCGCUAAGUUUUCCACAGACAGAGCACAAAGCGUUUGCUUUUGUGCUCUGUCUGCUGUUCACAGAUGUGUACGUUCCUUAGAAAGGACUUUCUAGAGAGUCGUAAAAAAAGAUGCAAAUCAAGAAAUAAAAGUGUUCUGUCAUCAAUCCUGCCGACAGUGUGAAUAACCGGGAUCUGUUGUCCAAUCGAUGA